AUGACGGCGCAACAAUCACUAAGAGUCCUUUCGCUCUCGGGCGAGGAGCUCGUGACCGUGUACUUCCAGGCGCCAGCCACCAUCAGGCAGCUGAAGGAAGCACUGAAAGAUGCCUGCAACCUGCCACGAUUUCGACAGAAACUGCUGCUGCAACAGCGGGUCCUCGCAGACGAUCAAGAUCUUGACCAGGUCCUCGACCUGCAGCUCGUGAAGCUGAGUUACACCGCGGCCACCGACGCUCAAAUCGAAGGCCUGCUGCGCGCUGCAGCAGACGGUGCAGUUGACAGAGUCGAAGACAUCCUGCAGCGGCCACAGAACCCGAACGACUACCUGCGAAUCCACCUAGAAGAGCACACAGACAUCUACGCGAGCGCUCUAUCUUUCGCAGCACGCGAGAACCACACGGACGUCAUGCAGCUGCUUGCGCCCGGGAGCGACAUCGCGCUGUGGCUGGCUUCCCGCAACGGCCACCAGGCAGCAGUUCGAGUUCUGCUGGAAGCGAGAGCCGACGUCGACUGCUACAAGGAUAGCACAGCUUUGUACGCAGCGGCUGAGCACAACCACCCACAAGUCGUACAGGUGCUGCUAGAGUCCAUUGCAGAUGUGCGCAAGCCAAAUUCGGCAGACACAUGGACACCGCUCCAGGCCGCCUGCUUCUUCGGGCAUUGCAACGUAGCAAAGCUUCUGCUGUCCCAUCGAGCCGAUGCUAUGCGUUCGCAACAGAACGACCCAAACAGCCCGUUCAGACUUGCCCUCGACCAAGGGCACACUCUUGUUGUCCAGCUCAUCCAAGCAAGCCUCAAAGACCGAGACAGAAAACGCACGGCGCCAACCUCAGUGCGUGAGCACCUCACACCAGCACCCUGGAUCGGCAAUUCUGCACGCUCCAGGCAGUCGACCUGA